CACACUUUGCAGAAUCAGAAUGUGAAUAAAGUUUCUUAGUGGCGAGCGCACAAGUGAAAAGUGAUUGGGAAACAAAUGCUGUUUUUGAUUUUACACUUCUUCCUCAGGUUAUGCAACAAAAUCUCGUUUUAAAGAGGAAGUAGAGUCAGAGUGUAAACGGAUCCGAGGGAAGGAGGAGUGAGAGAUAAAAGGGAACAUUAAGAGGGAGGGAUGAUGGAGGGCGUGGUGGAGCUAUAAAGGCGUCCCCGCAAUGACUUCCUCAUCACUUCAUUUCUCCGCUCACACUUCUCCACGUCAACUACAACAACUCCGUCAUCAUGGGUGAAGUUCAGACCGCCAUCAUUUUACUCAUCGACGCCUUCAAAAAGUAUGCCGGCAAGGAGGGCGACGCGAACGCCAUGAAUAAAGGAGAGGUGAAGGAUAUGCUCAAACACGAAUUCGGCGUGGAGAUGGGAAAAGCCAAGGACCAGACAGCUAUCGACAACCUCUUCAAGGAUCUGGAUGCCAACAGCGACAACAGCGUAGAUUUCAUGGAGUUUGUCAGCCUGGUGGCUUCCCUCGCUGUGAUAAUGCAAGAGUGCUUGGUGAAAGGCAAAAAAUAGAGCCUGUUUCCAAAAAAAUUUCAACUACCUUCAAGUCAUACGUACUUCAGGUCAAGAAUAAACAACAUGAAAAAUA